AUGUCAACUUCUCCGGCCAGUGUGGAGGAAAUCUCAGAUCCUUAUCAAGGGUUGACGUCCCGGGAGCGGGAGCCUGACACGCGGACAUGCCAAUCUAGCGUGCUGGUUGUCUUUGAGGACAUUUGCCCCAAUCAUCUGGAUCAGCUUGCGGAGCAGCAUGGCUUCAGUUCCGAGGCCAUUAUUGCGACAAUUUUGGACCAGCAAGAAAAAGGCCAUCAAUAUCCCAGACGCGAGAACCCCAAGAAAAGAAAGCGAGGGGACGACAAGGAUGACGCUCCUGGGCAAACCGGCAAAAACGACAUCAAGUCGAAGCUUGAUGACCCUGAAUACGUCCUUAGGAUGCGAACGCAGACAUAUCAGCAUUUUGCCACGACUUUGAUAAGCCAAGACUUUCCAAAGGUUCCCGUGAAUACUAUCAAGAACAUGCUUAACACGUCAGCAUCGCUAUUUCAAGCGUAUACGACUAUUGAUGACAGCAUCCGGCGCUGGGACGACAACAAUCCACCUUGGAAGAACAAAAGAUCGAUGUCCAAAAUUUUGGAUCAAUACACGCCUGAUAACAUAUCAACCCUACAAAUGGAUCUCCUCGGUCCCGUGGAACGUGAUGCCAUAAGUGAGUUCAUGGCAGCGCGAGAGGUGCGCAAUGGCAAGAACGCAAAGCUGGCAGAGGAAGCGGAAGAGGUCUCCAACCUUGAAAGGUCUAGAAUGCUUGGAGAAAUGGCCGAGUGUGGGUGCUGCUUCGACGAUUGCCCAAUCAAUCGGAUGGUACACUGCGAAGGCGACACGGUUCAUUGGUUCUGCAGAGGCUGUGCAAAACAACAGGCCGAAACCAUCAUUGGCUACUCCAAGUAUAAACUGACCUGUAUGUCGAUGGAUAACUGUGAGGCUGGCUUCUCUAUAUCCCAGAGGAAGAAGUUCCUGGACAAUAAGCUACAGACAGCAUUAGACCGUAACGAGCAAGCGGAGGUUUUGCGGGAAGCAGGCAUCGAGAACCUCGAGACGUGCCCCUUCUGCCCAUUUGCCAUGGAGUAUCCGACGGUCGAGGAGAACAAAGAGUUCCGAUGCGCCAAUCCCGAGUGCGAGGUGGUCAGCUGCCGACUUUGCCGCAAAGAGACACAUAUCCCAAAAACUUGUGACGAGGCCAAGCUCGAGGAGGGUCAUUCAGCACGGCAUACCAUCGAGGAGGCGAUGAGCGAGGCAGUGAUCCGGAAGUGCAAUAAGUGCUCGAACCCUUUUAUCAAGCAGGACGGCUGUAACAAGAUAACCUGCACCCGAUGUAGGACCAUCCAGUGCUACGUAUGUCGGCAAACCGUCAAGGACUACUCCCACUUCAACGAUACCAGUCGCGGCGGCAAAGAAGGGCAGUGUCCUCUGUUUGAUGCUACCGAAGAGCGUCACCAGAAUGAAGUGCGCCGCGCCGAGGAAGAGAUGCGGCAGAAGGUCGCGCAGGAAAACCCGGACGUGGACAAUGUAUUCUUGGAGUUCAAGGUGUCGGAAAAGGUGAAAGAAGACGACCAAAAGCGGAAAGAGCGGGAC